GAAUUAUUCCCCGCAUUUUCUGCCGGUCCGGAUAGAAGUUCACCGCCCUCCGGAAAGUCCUCCGUUGCUGUCAUCGCUCCAGCUUCAAACGCCUCGAUUUUUUUUUUUUCAUAUUUAUAUAAGGUCUUACAGCUUCAUCAUGAUGGCUGAUCCGUUUGAGGUUCGCAUGCGUUUUAUAACGCAGUUGCAACAUCUAAGUGCCUCCGUUGCCUCGUCGCAACGAGCUGCUCUCUAUGCGCUCAAAUACCGGGAUAUGGAUGAGGAUCUCCAUUCCUGCAUCCUAGAGCAACUUGAAAGAAAUAACAUGAACAACAGAGCCAACAUCAUGUAUUUCAUCGAGCACUUCUGCGAAAUGGCCACUAAGGAAAACCACCUCCCAUACGUCCGCAUGAUUCAAAGGGAUAUACUCCGCGUUGUAGAUGCUGUCGCACCACCUGAUGGCUCAGGAGCAGCAAACAUCAAGCACGUUCGUCGAGUGCUGAACGGCCUUCAGAGCAAAUCCAUCCUCUCCGCCGAGACCGUGACGGAAAUUGAUUCAAGUCUUAAAGAACGCGAGACGCAUGCAGCACAUCUUGAUUUGGAACCCGAACAAGGGGGAGAGGGCGGGAAAACGAAGGACGGAACACCGCGAGCGGCCAGGGCGAAUGGGCUACGCGUGGACAAGAGGCAAAUUGAGCAAAGGAUUGAAGAAGACCGCGAACGGAAUAAGCGUUUACGAGAAAGUAUGUGGACAGUCAGUGGGGACGAUGACUAUGAGCACUCGAGGUUCUGGGACGAAGUCAGCGAUACGGGUGAAGAUGACUUCUUGGAUGCGGAGGAGGAGUUCGUGGAGCGCACACAGAUGGCGGCUGCGCAAUGAUAAGAAGAGUGUCUGAGUCUAGCACAUUUGUCUACAAGCCUUUGAUGCAACUGCUGGUUCGGUAUUGCUUUGAGGCAUUGUACGGAGUUUGCGAGUUGGGAAAAGUCGGCGUGUUUUGUUUUGGUGCCUACAUAUUGUUCGGAGUCUCUAUGUUUGGAAUUUUGCAUAUCGAAGAUACCAUGCACGGCAUAUCAAGACUUCAUAUUUGUUUCCA